GCCGGUCGCACUUUUGUGGAGUUCUUCGCUGUGUCAAAUUUAAAAUUAAUGUCGACCGCGAGCUUUAAAAUCACGCAUCUUAAUUCGGUGCACAAACUCACUGUACCUUUAUCUAUUCAAUGGAAUAAACUAGAAGAGCAGAUUCGUACUAUAUUCUUUGUCCCCUCUGGAACGCCAUUUCUCCUGCGAUAUCGAGAUGAGGACGGUGACUUGAUAACACUCAACUCCGACCUCGAGUUUGAACAAGUUCUUCGUUCAGGUGCUCGCGUAAAAUUCUUGCUAACUCUGCCUCAAGACGAAAUCGAGCAUCCAAAUAUUGACUGGGAAAUCAGUUCAGAAAGUUCAGCUGAUACCAUCAGUGAAGAGCCUGUCCUAGUGCAGCAGGAAAAUGAGAAGGAUGAUGACGCGAUUGAAGAGUUUGAUAUGGAAUCAGGGGAUGGUCGGCUUACAUUUCAAAAUGAACAGGUUGUCAUGAUCGAUAAGAAGGAUGAAGAAAUGAGUGAGACAUCGAGUAACAAUGAUGUUGAAUCCGAAACGACACAUGAUUUUCUUGACGUUGCCAGUUUGCUACAUCCGUCAUUUGAGCAACAAGAACUAGGUCAACAUCAAGAACUUAAUGGACUAAAUGCUUUUAAUGAAUGUCUUAAACAGAAAUCCAAUCAACAAGAGCAACAGAAACAACAUCCAAACGUGUCUCUUAAAGAAUUUUCAACAAAGAUCGAACAGGUUAUUCAAAAAUGCCAUAAAGUCAUUGUCGAAAAUCCAGAGAUGCUUGCCACGGCAAAUUCUGUGUUGGAUGAUGUCUUGGAAAAUACACCGAUGUAUAUCGAAUUUGUAUUAAAUAUGCUAAAGUCAGUAAAGAAUCAAAGCACAACCACAAACUCGUCAAAUGAUACUUCAAGUUCUCAACAUAACCAAGAUGGAAAUCCUUCUGACAUGCCCGGUAGUUUUCCUAAUAGUCCUACACCCAUAUUCCAAUUUUUACCUGGAAAUCAUUAUCCGAUCACUCCGGUAUCAAAUACACAACAAAGAUCUCGUUUUAACGCGGGCCUAAGUCGUCCCCCGCCACCACCUCCGUUGUUCGGUCUCCCACCAACACCCCUUAACCCUCAACUUACUUUGCCAAAGCCAGCCACUUCUCUCCCACCAUUUCCUGGCAGUUUUCCAAUGACAAAUAACGAAAGUCAGGACUCAAAUUCUACUUUCGAUCGCUAUUCUGGAGAGCUAGAAUAUCUUCAUGAUAUGGGAUUUACGGACAGAGAGCAAAAUCUCAGCCUUCUUCGGCAACAUAAUGGUGAUAUCGAAUCUGUAAUUGAAAAUAUUAUAUCUCAAAGGGACAGCGUUGGUUCUUCUUCGUCUGCAUCACUUUUCUGUCGACGAGAUGGAUCAAUACUUGCAAGUAACAACACAAAUAAUACACCAAAUGCUACUUUCAACGUUAACAACAACGUCUCGGGCACAAGUACAUUUUCUUGGUCUUCUGCGGCGGCUGCAAACAGUAAUCAACCGGAAAGGCGUAGAACUAUGAAGCCAUAUUGGCAAUGGAACAACGACAAAGAUAAAGACACCUGUUUGCGAAGGGAUGAGAAUAAUGAACGAGUUACAUCAGCAUCUUUUCGUCUUCCUAGCAUUAACAUUGUCAAUGAUAGGGGACGUUUUCCUCGACAACGAUCGAGACACCAAAGAAUUCCCGAGAUAUAUGAACAAGUGAGAACUGAAGAAGAUGUGCCGCAAAGACCUGGGAU